CUGACAUAUAUGAUUGAAACACUGUAAUGGAACUAUUUAUUCAGAUAUGUUUACUGUUUUCAAUUCCUCAUUUUGUAAAUUCUAUAAAUAUUGCCAGGAAUAAAGUUGCAUUUCAAAGUACAUCUGCUUUUCCACUUUGUCCUUAUCCAUCAUUCGUAACUGAUUCCGAUAUUUCUAUUGAUAAUACAGCAACUGAGCCAAAUUACAAAUGCACAAAAACAUCUUUUGAUGCAGAAAGAUACUCUUGGUUUGCUGUUGAUUUGGGAAAUAAUUACAUAAUUCAAAAAGUUUGUCUUCUAAGUGGAAAAGUUGGUUCAUUACUGGAAAAGUUUAAUAUCACUGUUGGAAAUUAUUUACAAGGGGAAACUUCCUUUUGUAAUUAUGUAGAAGGUCCAGUAAAAAAUCCUACAUCAACCUCAUUUUCAAAUUACCAAUGCUUUGACUGCAGAGAAGGAAGUGCAAUUGGUUCUUUUCUAAUAAUAACAAAAACAAUUAAAGGAUCACGUUUGGAAUUAUGUGACAUUGAUGUUGCUGGAGUAUUUCAUAGUCAAUCAGAUUAUAAAGAAAUCAACUUCAAAGAUGCACAACUCACAAGUUCUCCUUUGUACAUUAACCACGCUGCAGAAAAUGCAAUUGACAAGAAUUACUGUACAACAUAUCAUUCUAAAUCAGUAACUGAUCAACCCUACCUUCUUGUAACUUAUACAAAAUUAUACAAAUUCUUUGGAUUUGUAAUAACACGAAGACCAAAUACAGUAAAUAGACUUCGUCAUACAUAUGCAUCAGUAAAAACGAAACCAGAUACAACAUUUGAUAGCAAAGCUCUUUUCUGUUGUAAAGAUAAAACACAUGAUAGACUGACGCCAUUAGCUUCUUUAAUUAUCAAAUGUGAUGAAAUAUAUUCUGGGCAAUUUUUUUUAAUUCAUCAGUACAAUGGUGAAACUAAAUUAUUAAUAGAGAUUUUUGAAUUACACAUCUAUGGUCAACUUGUGGAUACUUUUCAAGAGCAUAAAAAUACAAUCAGUCAGAAACCAGCAAUUAGAACUAUUAAAAAUCAAGGAACAUUAGUCACACCAAAUGAACAAUCUUCAUUACUGGAUAAUAAAUUUUUUCAUGCAUCUCCUAAUUUGCAAGUUGAAACGGAUAAUUUAAUAGAAAUUUCUAGUGACCUCAUUUAUUUAAAUACAGUUUGUCUGUCAUUUGACAAUGGAAAUACAAGGAAACCAAAUGAUAACAUUGAAAUUGUUGAUUAUCAAACAAAUGAGAAGAUAACAGCUGAGUUGAAUGGAGGUUAUGAUUAUUGGCAUACAACUUGCACUGAUUUGAAAAAGACGAUAUUUUCAAAUUAUUGUAAAAUUAUCAUCAAAGGCGAUAAAUUUAUUCAUGAAAUUGACUUUCUAGCAAUAUCGGUUAAAUCUAAAGAAUAUAUUCCAUAUUCUUCUCCAAAGAAAUGUGAAAUGAGAUCUUCUAUUGAAAUCAACCUUAAAAAUGUUACAAAUCCACAUAGGUUGCAUUUUUUGGUUGAGUACCAUCAUGAAAAUUCAAACAGUAAUUCAAUUGUUGCUGGAGGAAAUAGAUUUUUGAGUAGACAGUGGAAAAUGUGUGAAAGUCUGAAAAUAUCGGAAGAAAAUGAAUAUCUGGAAAACAGAGCCUUUUUCAAAUGCAAUACUUCUUUUGAAUACAUACAAGUAUUCAAUUUAAAUCGCAUGGAAAGAUCUUCUUUGCAUGUUUAUCUAUAAUAACAAAAAAAUGUCUGAAAAUGUGUCAAUGUCAAUUUUGUUAUAUGUUUAAACUGCUGUCACAUGAUUUUAAUGGGAUGGAGAUGAGUUUUAUAUCCAGAUGAAAUGCAGUAAUCACAUGUAGAACAAACUAUGUUUAAAAAUGAUAAAAAUUAUACAAAUGUUAAGCUAUUGCAAUAUGUAAUAUCACUUUCAAACUUUAAAUCAAGUAUCUUAAUGAUUUCUAAUUAG